AUGGCCGCCACUGCUGUGGGAGCUGGCGAGCUGCCCUGGCCCCUCUCCCCGGUCCUGUCUGCGGUCCAGGGGAGGUAUAGUGGACAGAAGCAGCUGGCAGAGGCAUCCCAGCUCCCCGAGGAGUGUGCAUUCAUCGGAGAGGUCUCCGCACUCGCCGAGCGCGAGCCCACCCUCCUCUCCCGCACUGCUGUGUCUACCCCUUCUCCGUGUGUUGAUUCUGGUUACAGGAGCACUUUUAAAGGCUUCACCGGCAAGCUCCGAGCUGUGCCUGAGAAGCUGUGGACCUUCCUGCUUCAGUCUUUCUACGCCGUGCGUCACAGCGAAGCUGGACACCGGUGCACAAAGGUGACCAGCAGAAAAUCCGGGCAGCAAAGGAGACAAGGCUCUGAUGUUGACGUUAUAAAAAUAAAACCCGGGACGGAAAAUAACAAGAAACUGUGUCGAACUUAUCUUCCUUCCAAUUAGAAAAUGAAAUCUGAUGGAUUAGGAGCAUCUGGACAUACAUCAGGCACUAGCAGAAAUGGUAUAGAUAAAGCAGUCAAGCCUGGCGAUGGUGCAGACAUAGCCAAAGUUGCAAAAGAAUUGAAAACUGGGGAGAAAAGUGUUUCUGGCCUUAAGUCUAAAACUGUAAUAAAGCCCCAAAGAGAAAACAAUGAUAACACAGAGUUUGAAAGUCUUUCAUCCAAAGUUGUGGGAAGACCUGCAAGAGUAGCAGCCACUGGACAGAAGGACUCAGGUAAUGGGAGAGGAAGACGGAACCAAGAAGGAGAGACGGCAGGGGCCAGGCCCAAGGUCCUCACUGCAAGCCUGAAUGUGCAAACCAGAGCCAAGCCAUUGAGAACAGGGACAGGCAAAGAGUCUUCCUGCCCCAGUGCCGGAGGACCCUACAGUAGGUCUACAAAUUCGAGUCUGGAGCUUUUGAUUUCCACGGGCUGCGUGGAUGGGCCGAAAGAAAGCGGAUCUGCAGAAGACAGGUCUUGUGAUGAGAAGCCAUACUUGAGCCAUUCUCCAGGACAGACGCUGAACAAUGGAGUCGUGUCAACUGGAGCCGUAAAAUCUGGACCAGGACCAGUUUCGAAAGUUACCAAUGGAACGUCCAAUGGAAAAAGCAUUCACGAUCAAGACGCUAACAUAGAUAGCAGCGUAAUAAAAAAAGUGAGUGGCAAAGGACUUAGUGAUUCAGCACCACAGACCACUGUGAAAAAAAGAGGGAGCAGCAACCGACACACAGCAGCUCAGCCACGGACAAAGAGCGCCCCGCCCACCCUGGCUCAAACUCAAGGAGCCCAAGGAGAGUCGCUGUACCCUGGAAAGUGUUCAGUGUCUUCAAGGCAUUCUGAGGAGAACGUGAUGAGGUUGAGGCACGGCGCAGAAAAGCAGAUGCCUAAGAGAAAGAGUGUCAAGCAAGGACACACAUCUCUGCAGAAGGUUAAUGCAAAGCUGGCCCCAAUGCCUAAAAGCCUGAGUCAGUCCAAGAAAGGCGGAACUUUGAAUAGUAAGGACGCAAAGCAAAAACUGCUUCCCGGACAAGUCAGGCUGCAAAUGCAGGCUUCUCAGAGGCCGCCCAGACCUGAAGCGGCGUCCACACCGAAGGGCGCGCUUCACAGUGCAAGCGACGGCAGAAACCAGGUUCUUAAACAGAGGCCUCCCGCGUCCCCGCUCAGCCUCGCUUCUGAAAGCAGCGGGGCAGAGGCGUCCCAGUCACCACUCAGGCCUCAGCCGCAGAGGCCGCCAGGCCAUCAAGAGGAGCUGGAGCCAGAGAUGCCCCACAGCUCGCAGCCGGACGGGCCCCGAAAGCGCGAAGCGAAGCCAAAGCACGCUGGUGGCGAUCCCAGCAGCACGCGCGCUCACCGGGACCCAAAUCCCGGCAGCGAGAGUUCCAGUUGCCGCGGCGUCGGUGCUCAGAAACCCUGGAUUCCAAACCCGAGUGAAAGCGUCACCGACCCUAACCCAGUCCGCGAUUCCGCGCCGGCGAGCGCAGGACAGAUCCACUCGCCAUCGGGCAGAGAGAAGCAACUGGGGCGGAGCGGCGCGGCCGCCAAGCCGAGGGGAAGCUGCGCGACCGAGAAGGCGGGCUCGCCGCGGACCCCCGCCGGGGCCGCCCUGGGCUGCGCUGCCGAGCACAGGGCGUCUGCGGCCCCCCGCCGGCCCCCCGGCGCCUGCGAGCGCGCGCCCGCGGCCGCCCCGUCCGGGUGCCGCGCGGGCCGAGCCUCGGAAGACAGGCCUGGAGCCGCGGGGCCGCCGGCCGCCCCCGAGGGCCCCGCCGCCGGGCCGGGAGCCUGGGCGCCGCGGAGGGAGAGCCCGGAGUCGGACUCGGGCAGCGCCACCACGUCCUCCGACGACAUCAAGCCGCGCUCCGAGGACUACGACGCCGGCGGCUCCCAGGACGAGGGCUGGCACGGGCGCGGCGCGUCCAGGUGCGGCACGGCGCUGUGCCACGACUUCCUGGGCAGGAGCAGCAGCGACACCAGCACCCCCGAGGAGCUCAGGGCGCACGACGGCGACCCGGGGGCCGAGGCGCGAGGGGGCGGGCCGGGCGGCGCGCAGGCGCCCUCGGCCGGCGACGGGGCGCGGAGCCGGGCGGCCCGGGAGCCGCGCGCCGCGAGGGCCGGCGCGGCCGCCGACACCGACCAGGCCUCGUCCUCGGCCGACGACACGGAGGACGACAGGUCCGAGGCGGACGCCGGGGAGGGCCGCCCGCCCGCGUCGGGCGCGCCGCGCGUGCAGGGCAUCGUCAACCCGGCCUUCGAGGACGGCGCCGAGCCCGAGAGCCGGGAGUUCGCGGCGCCCUUCCGGAGGUCGGUGCUGCUCUCGGUGGACGAGUGUGAGGAGGUGGGCUCCGACGACGGCGACGGCCCCGCCGCGCCCGCGGCCUCGCCCUCGCCCCCUGACGGCUUUGCCCGCGCCUCCGGGCCCCACGCCAGGACGGGCCGCCCCCGGGCCCCGGAGGAGCCGGGGGGCGCAGCCGCACAGGCCGCGCGCGGCAGUCACGGCGGCAGCGUGCGUGGGAGUGGAAGCGUGACCCCGGGGCCGGGCAGCGCAGACCCUGCCAGCAGAGAGGAACGGUGCGGUGCAACGGGCCGGGAGAGCGGGCCGGAGGGCCCGUGCCCAGCAGGCCGGCAGCCGUUCCCGGCCGGGGAAGACGCCAGUCGGCGCGAGCCGGCCACCUGUCGGCACAGCACGCCCCUGGACGGUGACGCAAAGUCUCAAGAAAGACCAUGUCAUUUGGAGCUUCACCAGCGAGAACCCAGCUCCAACACACCAAAGAUCAGCUCAACCAAACCUCUGGACUCCUGUCCGAGCCAGGACGGCCCAGCGCGAGGGAGCCAUGCCACAGCCCCCGAGACCGCUAAUAAUGCCGUGCUUGCAGGAAACAUAGAUGAUUGUGGUACUCUGGCACAAGCCUGCAUGUGUGACCGCCGGCCUUCAAAAACCCUCUCUCCAAUCUAUGAGAUGGAUGUAGCAGCAGCCUUAGCGCGGAGCGAGCACGCGGAAGGGCGUGUCUCAGACAGCGGCUCGGAGGACUCCGAGGACGGGCAGUGCUUUGCGCGGCAGGACUGGAUGCUGCUGAAGCAGCUGCUGUCUGAGCAGGACGCGAACUUGAACGUCACCAGCUCUCUCCCGGAGGACCUGAGCUUAGCGCAGUACUUAAUCCACCAGACGCUGCUCUUGGCUCGAGACAGCUCCAAACCUCAGGGCCCGGCCGACGCGUGGAACAGGUGGAGCGAGCUGUCGUCGCCGCUGGACUCCUCGGCUGCCACCACGGCCAGCGCACCCUCUGCGGACUGCUCACCGCAGGGGGAGUGGACCAUCCUGGAGCUGGAAACUCAGCACUGACGGCCCUGGAGAGGCUGAGAGCCUGCUAAGCCACCGCUCGGGCAGCCAGGCAGGCUGUCCUGAACACGAUUGGCGGCUCUUCCGUUCAGCGAGGCGGAUAAAGCUCGUUUAUUAACAUGGUGUCUCGUUGUAACAGCGGUUUUCUCCAUUUUUCAGCAUGUUUUCUUAACCAUUAGAGACGUUAGAAGACCUGUAGGACAUCUUUGCUGCGGUUUUCUUUCCUAGCCAAUAAUUUGUUCAUCCACUCGAGAAUUCCCAUGUCACUGCACAAGUAGCUUUUGACUCAGAAUAUGGUACCAUAAUGGUGUAACAGUGACUCCCCCGUGUGAGCGUGCAUUACACACAAUCAGCGCUGCAUCUGGGGAGACAGGGACCUAGCUUUCCCCAUGUUUCAGGACCGGGGCACUGCGGAGAGCCCGGCCCAGCUGCCGUUGAGCUGGGAGAAGCAGGACCUGCGGGUGUGCCCCCGCCCCGCAUUCAGUCCUCUUCAUGGCAGGACGGUGUGUGUUGGGCCCUGACAGUCCUUAUGUCAUGCGCUGCUGCUCCUCCGAGCCAAUAGGAGGUGAGAACCCUAGUGAGAGCCUGAGGCAGGCCAGUCCUGACCCGGGUGUGGGCGUCCUGAGUCUGUUCACGUCCUCUGUCUGCCACACUUCUUCAGCCUGUGGUUUUGUAGACAGACAGAGCGCUCGCAGGAGUAGACACUCUGAUCUUAGAUGCUGCUGAGUUGAGUGUGGCCCUUUAAGGUAACGGAUUUCAAGGCCUAACUUCUCUCCUUGUCUUAUCCCUAACUUAUGUUUCUCUAGAAUAUGUCAGAAGUAAGGGAAUCUUUUAGGAGGAAGCUUUUUUCCAAAUAUUAGCAGAAUUUCAAAAAAAUCAUCAACAAUAGAAUGUAUAAAUAUAUUGAACAUAACAACUAGGUUAAUGCAGAAUUAUUUGUUGUAAAACAAUUACGUUUAAAUACUAAUCUGUUACACCAUAAAACCUUUUCAUGCCUUUAAAAAAAAGUUUUAAAUUUUUUACAUUGAUUUAUUUUUUGCGUGUUUAUGUGGAUAUCGUGUGUUUAUGUGGGUGUGUAUCACAGCACACACUCAGAGGUCAGAGGUCAGCUUGUGAGAGUCAGGUCUUUCCUUCUACCACGUGGGACUCUCAGGCUUGGUGGCUGAGCCGCCCCUCCAGUCCUGGUCCUGUGCCUUUACAAAGCUAGAUGUCCUUGCGGGCGUACUCAUCUGUGUAAGACACAGUUACUAAAUCAGUUGUUGAAGGGAAAGAAAUAGGUGUUGAAUGUAAGCACUCAAGGGUGAAGGUAACUAGAAUAAAAAGCUCAGUUAGUGUGGGGAAGGAGAAUGUAAAAACACUGAAAUAUGAACACACACACACACACACACACACACACACACACACUUUAUCUUUUAAAGCUGGGUAGGUGUUUAAAGAGUAGACGGAUCUCUUUAAGUGGCGAAGGGGGGUUUUAUGAGCAGAAGAAAGGCCCUACAGCUAACUGUGGGGCAGCAGCCACUAUUUCCUAAUUACAACUUCUCUUGUUUCUACCACACAAAACAUUCGUUUUCUCACGAAGCUAUGAACAAACCUUUACAAGUAGGCUGUGGUAUGAAAAUGUCUUACGUGGUAACAAUUAAAGCACACCUUCAUUCCCAA